CACAACCACAGCGGCUCCAACAACCACAGCAGCUCCAACUACAACCACAGCAGCUCCAACCACAACCACAGGAGUUCCAACCACAAUCACAGAAGCUCCAACUACAACCACAGCUGCACCAACCACAACCACUGCAGCCCCAACUACAACCACAGCAGCUCCAACAACAACCACAGCAGCUCCCACUACUUCCACAGCAGUUCCAACAACCACAGCAGCUCCAACUACAACCACAGCGGCACCAACUACAACCACAGAAGCUCCUACCACAACCACUGCAGCUCCAACCACAACUACAGCAGCUCCAACUACAACCACUACAGCUCCAACUACAACCACUGAAUCUCCAACCACAACCACAGCACGUCCAACCACAACCACUGCAAAUCCAACCACAACCACAGCGGCUCCAACAACCACAGCAGCUCCAACUACAACCACAGCAGCUCCAACCACAACCACAGGAGUUCCAACCACAACCACAGAAGCUCCAACUACAAUCACAGCUGCACCAACCACAACCACUGCAGCUCCAACUACAACCACAGCAGCUCCAACAACAACCACAGCAGCUCCCACUACUUCCACAGCAGUUCCAACAACCACAGCAGCUCAAACUACAACCACAGCAGCACCAACUACAACCACAGAAGCUCCUACCACAACCACUGCAACUCCAACUACAACCACAGCGGCACCUACCACAACCACUGAAUCUCCAACUACAACCACGGCAGCUCCAACCACAACCACAGGAGUUCCAACCACAACCACAGAAGCUCCAACUACAACAACAGCAGCUCCAACCACAACCACUGCAAAUCCAACCACAACCACAGCGGCUCCAACAACCACAGCAGCUCCAACUACAACCACAGCAGCUCCAACCACAACCACAGGAGUUCCAACCACAACCACAGAAGCUCCAACUACAACCACAGCUGCACCAACAACAACCACUGGGGCCCCAACUACAACCACAGCAGCUCCAACAACAACCACAGCAGCUCCCACUACUUCCACAGCAGUUCCAACAACCACAGCAGCUCCAACUACAACCACAGCGGCACCAACUACAACCACAGAAGCUCCUACCACAACCACUGCAGCUCCAACCACAACUACAGCGGCUCCAACUACAACCACUACAGCUCCAACUACAACCACUGAAUCUCCAACCACAACCACAGCACGUCCAACCACAACCACUGCAAAUCCAACCAC